UUAGAGAGAGAGAGAGAGAGAGAGAGAGAGAGCAAAAGGGAAAGUUUUUAGGGUUUGGAGAGGAAGUGGUUUAGGGUUUGCAGAAAGAGAGGGAGAGAGGGAGGGGGCACUAGGGUUUGGGGCCGCGCUGGAUGAUUAGAGUUGGAGAUGUUCCUGGGUUCCAUGCGGAAAUCGUUCAAGGAUUCGCUCAAAGUUUUGGAAGCUGACAUCCAGCAUGCUAACACGCUGUUGCCACAUUCUUGUUUGAGUCAGCUUGAGUGUAUCAUGACUAGGGCUUCUGAUUUUCCCAGAGAAUAUGACGGCGCAUGUCUUCAGAUGCGAGUAUCAUAUAGUCCAGCUGCACACUUAUUUCUUUUUCUGGUGCAAUGGACUGACUGUAGCCUUGCUGGGGCUCUUGGACUGCUGAGAAUUCUGAUAUAUAAGGUUUAUGUUGAUGGAACGACAACCAUGUCAACCCAUGAAAGGAAAGCAAGUAUUAAAGAAUUUUAUGCUGUAAUUUUUCCCUCUUUGCUGCAACUACAAAGAGGGAUCACUGAUAUGGAAGAUAAAAAGCAAAGGGCAGUAUGCAUGGAAAGGUAUAGGAGAAGAGAUGAUGAUGAGAGGAAGCAGUUAUCAGAUAUAGAUGCUGAAAGAGAAGAAGAAUGUGGGAUUUGCAUGGAAAUGAAUAGCAAGAUUGUGUUGCCCAACUGUAGCCAUGCUCUGUGCAUGAACUGCUACCGUGAUUGGAACUCAAGAUCUCGAUCAUGCCCCUUUUGCCGCGAUAGCCUCAUGAGAGUCAACUCGGGCGAUUUAUGGGUAUAUACCGAUAGCAGAGAUGUUGUCGAUAUGGCGACGGUGUCAAGAGAGAAUCUCAGACGCCUAUUCAUGUACAUAGACAAGUUGCCUCUUGUAGUCCCGGAUGCUGUUUUCGAUGCCUACGAUUCUCAUGUGAAAUAAGCUAUGUGCUGGUCUCGUCGCUGCUGGAUUCAACUACGCCAAUUGCUUCAGCUCGCCCCGGUCAGCUCAAUCAGCUUGAUUGAUUUAUGCCUUGGAGGUGUUUCCAAUUUCUGUCCAAAAGGCUGCUGUUGCAUUUCUAAGCAGCUUAUGAAAUUGAGGGAAGUAUACUGUAUUUAUCUGUAAAUUGUGUGCAGGACUAUGUAAAUGCCUGUAUAGUUUUCAGGUCUGCAAGCCAACAGCCCUCUUUCUAUUUAGCACGGUAAACGCAUGAAAACUAAUUUGGUGCCAGUGCUAGUGCGUAAGCAGUAUCUAGCCAUUGUGUUACUCUUGCAUCUGAUCAUUCAAUAACUGUGUGCCUUUUGUGAAGGUAAAAAUUAUGGUCGUUUGGAAAUACUGGUGGUAAGGAACUGAUGCUGAUUCUCUA